AUGGCAUCCCCAACUGCACCCCCCGAGACCACCUCUUUUCUCCUCACCUACCCAACACCUCAAAUCCUCCUCAUAACUAUUAAUCGUCCGCAAGCCAUGAACUCCAUACCCAGCUUUGCCCAUUGGGAAGCUGAUGCUAUUCUCACCUGGUUUGACAAUUCCCCUGAUUUGCGCGUUGCCAUUAUUACCGGAGCAGGAGAAAAAGCAUUUUGCGCCGGCCAAGAUUUAAUCGAGCAAGCUAAAUUUAAAAUUGAUCCUCCGCCAAUGUCGACUCGUAGGCAUCCACCCAGCGGAUUUUGUGGUAUCAGUAGGCGAGUGGGCAAGAAGCCCGUUAUUGCCGCAGUCAAUGGUUUCGCGCUUGGUGGGGGGUUUGAAAUAUGUUUAAACUGUGAUCUAGUCGUUGCAUCUCCGUUGGCAACAUUUGGUCUUCCUGAAGCAGCUGUGGGCCUCUACGCCGCAGCGGGUGGUCUUCCGCGCAUAGUGCGCAAUUGUGGACUUCAAAUAGCUACAGAAAUCGCAUUGACUAAUCGGAAACUUACCGCCAAGGAAGCACUUUCAUACAAUCUAAUUAACAGAGUCGCCCAAUCUCCGGAGACGGUAUUGAAGGAGAGUAUGGAGCUCGCAGGGAAAGUAGCAGCUUUGAGCCCGGAUGCGGUUAUCGUAUCGAGAGCGGGAUUGAGAGAGGCAUGGGAGACAGGGAGUGUGGAAAGAGCUACACAGAUUGUUGCACAGAGGUAUGAUCAGCAAUUGUUCGAGGGUGAGAAUAUGCAGAUUGGGUUAGAAGCAUUUGCAGGGAAAAAGAAGCCUCUGUGGGUGCCGAGCAAGAUUUGA